CAUUUGUUUUAUAAUUUUGUUUGUUUCUUUGUGUUUUCCUUUUAUUUUACGGGCAGUGCGUGUUAACAGCAAUCUUUUAGGUAGAUAUUAAAUUCCAAAUUUUAGGUAAAACGGACAUGAUUUCGUGCCAGCGACAUGCCCGCAAUUUGGUAUUCAAGAACGCCUUUGGGCGGCACAUAACUUUAAUGAGAGCUACACGUUUAAUGACACACAUUUACGUGAGAAACAUGAGUGAGAAGACACAACAAGUUGUCCAGAAGGCCAACAGUCAGCUGGAGCACUCUUGCCUCAUCGAGUAUGACGCACCGACAAUUUUUCGACGACUCUCGACUAUUAUCUGCACCAUUGGACCCGCCUCGCGUAGUGUCGAAAUGUUGAUAAAACUGUUGGAAGCCGGAAUGAAUAUGGCCCGUUUGAAUUUCUCGCACGGAUCGCACGAACACCACGCGGAGACGGUGGCCAAUCUGCGCCAGGCCGUCGAGUGCCACUCCCAAAACCUGGGCUACCAAUUCCACUUGGGAAUUGCCCUCGACACAAAAGGACCCGAAAUCCGUGUCGGUCUCAUCGGGCGCAGUGCGACUGGUGCUGUGGAGUUAGAAAGGGGGGCAACCUUUAUACUGAGCACCAACAAGGAACUCCGGGAAAACGGCACGCAGGAGAGGGUCUAUGUGGACUAUGCGAACAUUACCAAAGUGCUCAAGCCUGAGGAUCGCGUAUUUUUGGACGACGGACUGCUCUCAGUGAAAGUGAAGAAGGUCAGGGGCGAAGAGUUGGUUUGCGAGGUGGAAAACGGGGGCAAACUGGGAUCACGAAAGGGCGUCAACUUGCCCGGGGUGAAUGUGGAUUUGCCCGCCGUUUCCGAAAAAGACAAAGCGGAUCUACGGUUUGCGAUAGACCACAACCUGGAUAUUAUAUUCGCCUCGUUUGUAAGGAAUGCGGAUGGCAUUAAAGAAAUACGCUCGGUGCUGGGCGAGCAGGGCAAGAGCAUCAAGAUCAUUGCCAAGAUCGAGAACCAUGAGGGUAUGAGGAAUAUCAAGAGCAUAAUUGAGGAGUCCGACGGCGUCAUGGUGGCUCGCGGGGAUCUGGGCAUUGAGAUACCGGCGGAAAAGGUCUUCCUUGCCCAGAAAACUAUUUUCGCCCAGUGCAACAGGGCCGGCAAGCCGGGAAUCUGCGCCACCCAAAUGCUCGAGUCCAUGAUCAAGAAGCCCCGUGCAACGCGCGCCGAACUUUCCGACGUAGCCAACGCCGUGCUGGACGGGGCCGACUGUGUCAUGUUGUCCGGCGAAACGGCCAUGGGCGACUAUCCGGUGGAAUGUGUGCAGACCAUGAGCAAGGUCUGUCGCGAAGCCGAGGCUGCCAUCUGGUAUGAGAACCUCUUCGCGGAACUGCUUCAGAGCGCAAGUAGCCAGCUCGAGCAGGUCGUCCUAAUAGCCGCAGUGAGUGCAGCUAUCCGGGCCAAGGCCAAGGCCAUAAUAGUGCUUACCUCGGAGGGAUUCUCGUCGUACUCAUUGAGCCAUUAUCGGCCACCGUGUCUCAUAAUAAGCCUCAUUUCGGGCGAUGAUCAGAUUGCACGUCAGUCGAAUCUUUAUCGGGGCAUUUGGCCGAUCAGCUACAAUGAGGACUCGACGCACGAUUCCAAGUCGAAGAAAACUGUCGAGGAUCGCGUGGAUCAUGGCGUCCAGCUGGCCAAGAGCGUGGGCAUCAUCAAGCAAGAUGAUGCCGUCAUCGUUGUCACCAGCUUAAACUUCCGCAGCGGCUUCACCAACUCCAUGCGACUCAUAUUCGUGUCAUAAAUAGUUGCAACAAUUUUUUUUAAAUUCUAUUUUAUUAUAUGUAUAGCUUUUAAUAAACUAAGGUGGAGCUUCUAUCUAA